UAUCGUCGUUGUGCGUCUCAUCUAAUAUAUUUUACGGCGCCGAUUAUUUUUGUCGUUCUACUGUGCACCGACGGCCGUCCGGCGUACAGCGCUCGCUUUGUAUUCGCCCGCCGUUGUUCACCACGUCCCGUCGUCCCCCUGCGCGUCGUCCCGAUUUCUUUCUCGACGUCACCGCUUGAAUCGCUUCGAGUGCAUUUAUUUCGUGUCCGCCGCCGCCGACCAGUCCAUUCCGUCGCCCGCGCUCACCUGCACGUCUGUUUCCGCGUCCGUCAGCCAUCGUCGUUACACCUAUCAAGAUGAGUAUUAAAUUGUUUGCAAUUUGUGUGACCACUGUCCUCUGUGUAGGAUAUGUUGCUGGUGAAUAUUGUUAUAAUGAUGUUGUUGGUGCAUGCAGCCCAGUUGGAGGAGAAGUCCAAAACUGUAAUUCAAGAUAUGGAGCUUUCAAAGGUGAUGAAUUAUUAACAAGUGUACAAGGCUAUGCCAACACUCAUAUUUUGCGUAGUUUUCAAUUUUUGCUAAUGUCUUCUCAUUUCGGUAACUUUGAAAAGAACCGUGGUGGUUUCGAAAAGCUUUAUAAACAAUUGUCUGACAAUACAUGGGAAAAAGCUAUUGAUCUCGUGAAGUUUAUUGGUAAACGAGGAGGUCACAUGAACUUCCGUGCACGUAAAGACGAAAAGAACGAAAAACAAAUUGAUUUUGAAAUGUAUGAAUUGGGAAGUAUGGCAAGAGCUUUGGAUAUGCAAAAAGGUUUGGCUGAAGAAGCACAUUUCAUUCAUGCUGAAGUCACACGUAGAAAGGAACACGAUCCCGAGGUUGCAUCAUAUUUGGAGAAUAACUUCGUACAUCAACAUUCUGAUAUCAUAAGAAAAUUAUCUGGUCACACAAAUGAUUUGAAGCAAUUGAUUGCCAAUCAACCCGAUCCAAGCUUGUCCCUUUAUCUCUUUGAUGAAUACUUGCAGAAAUCAUUAUAAGAUAAUUACAUAUAAUUUUGUAUGCCAUUUAUUAUUCAACAACACUUUAUCAUUAAACUUUUAAUCCCAAUAUUAUUUUGAACAAAAAAAAUUAUGAUAUAUAAUUUUAGUAUUUAAGGAAAGUAUUUAUAAUCUUUAUAAUUAUUUAUUAAUAUCAUAAACAUAUGUGAGUUGUCAUUUUUUGACAACUUAAUUAUUAUAUGAUUGAACACAAUUAAUUUUUUCUAUUUUGUUUAUUCAUGUACAACUCACUUUAAAAUAUUAAAAAUAUUAAAUACUGCAUAUAUAUUGAACUUUUUAGGGUUAAAAAACAACUUUUUUGGAGAUGUUAUAUUUUACCGUUUGUAACUUGUCUAGAAUACAAGAAUACAUUAUUUGACAUUUUGUUUACUUAAAUAAAAAAAUAUUUUAUAACCUUUAAA